AUGCGUACAGUUGAUACUGUGCAAAAAGCAAUUAAUUCUGGGGCAUUAACGGUGUUGUUAAACAGUACGAGAAUCAUUCUUCGCUCUACUCUGGCAGUCAACAGGAAAACUAUAGUAGAACGACCAAUAAAUCUGAAAAACAGGAAAUUAACUUUGCCAAUGAAUAGAUCUUGGCCAAACAUGAAUGCAGCAAGUAAACUGGAGUUAAACCACAGAGAAGGCAAGAGCAGAAAUAUUCCUGGAAAAACAUCUAAUUUUGAUAAACAUUUUGCAAAAGUGAGUGAGGAUGAAUCAGAACAUUCACGUGAUGUACCUGAUGAAGAACAGUAUCCCUAUGAUACUGUAAAAACUUCCACCUUGGAGGCAAUGCAUGCUUUGAAAAUUUUGCCUGCCAAACCUAUAAAAGAAUCCGAGUAUGCAGAUCAACGGUAUUUAGAAGAUUCAGUUACUACUCACAUUUCUAGAAACAUUAAAUCCUCUGUCAUCAGCCAGCCAAAGUCCUCUGACUCCCCUCGAGACUUAGAUCAAUGCAGAUAUGUUUCAGAGGAGAGCAGAGUCCCAAAUGUUAAAGGUCCUGCUGUAAAACGAAGCAUGAAGCCAAACAUACCUUUUACUGAAACCACAAGAGAAAAAGAAAAAGUAAUUGGAUCACAGAACCCUUUGCCCCCUCCAAGGCCUCUUAAGACACUUCCAAAGCAGUAUCAGCCACUUCCUCCAGAACCAGAGGGAAGCAGCCAGCUGCCUCAUACAAGGAAAAUAUUUAGUCAGGCUCACACCUUUCCAAUGUCAGCAAAGAACACCAGACACCUAUCUGUUAUGGAGUUAAAUGAAGCACUUGGAAAAGGAAGAGAUAUCAGCAGGGAAGUGGAAUUAGCUUUCCAAACAAGACAGCAAAAACCAAAAUAUCAUCCUGCAUCCAGCCCUCCUUGUAUGCCGAGUAGUAAAAGUUUUCAAGGCUCAGGAUCCAGAUUAAACAUACAAAACCGUUCAAUUGAGAGGUCACCAUCUCCAGGAAAGCACAAGCCUUCUGAAUGUAGAUCACAAGGUAUAUGUGUAAACUUGCCAACAACGCAUCUUAUGAAGCCUGCUGAAAAGGAUUUAAAUAAAUAUGACUGGUAUACCGGAGAAUUUGAUCGUCAGAAAGCAGAAGAGGCUUUGCUACAGGAGAACACCGAUGAGACAUUCAUGGUCAGAGACUGUUCAACAAAAUCAAGUUCUGAACCAUAUGUGUUGGUCAUAUAUUAUCGAAACAAGGUAUACAAUAUUAAAAUACGUUUUCUGGAAGACAGCCAGCAAUAUGCAUUGGGAACAAGGCUCAGAGGAGAUAAUAAGUUUGAUACUGUGCAAGAAAUCAUUGACUUCUACACAUGUGUUCCCAUUACACUUAUUGAUGGAAAGGAUAAGUCUGGAAUCCAGAGAGAACAAUGUUACCUAACACACCCUUUUAAGUUGAACAGAGAUGCUUCUUACCCUAAGUGAUUUCAACUGUGUGUAUAAAUGUAAAAAUAAAAACACUUUAAUAUUUAAUAUCUGUGUAGAAAUUAGGAGAUUAGACUUGAGUUCAACAAGAAUGAGAACUCUUCAUUGUAUUCAUGAGAAACUUCCAUGAAAUGUGAUUUCUCCUAUGUGAGACUAGAUCAAAUUGUACUCUGCUGUGCAUGAUUAAAAUUAUGAAAUAUACAAAAGUGAAACUUCAAAUAGAGGGUGUUGCUGCAUGUACAAAUAAAUGUCAUAGUACAACUGCAGAAAAAAGGUAUGAAAAGCAGCUAACUUCUAAGCAAUAUUUUGCCUGUCUUGCUGAUAACUGAAACUGUUUGAUUGCUUAUAUUAACAAAACCUCUCCAUUAGUAGGAAUACAAAAUAAAUCCAUGAAACAAAACAAUGUAAUAUAUUAGAAUUGCAUUACAAAAUAUUCCUGCAUUUAAACUCAGAAAAGUUGCAUCUAACUUGGUGCUUACUGUUUAAUCAUUUCUCUACUGGGGCAGACUACAGGCGGGUUUUAAACAAACAAUCCAAUCACUUGCUCAGUAGGGGACCAAUCCAAUAUUCAUGAAAUCAAUUACAGUCUUUCAACAGACUUCAGCCACCACUGGAUCAAUCCUUGAGGGGGACAUUUAGGGAUUUGGGGAUUGGUCCUGCUUUGAGCAGGGGGUUGGACUAGAUGACCUCCUGAGGUUCAUUCCAACCCUAAUAAUCUAUGAUUCUAUGAUUCUGGAUCAGACUUUAGGGCUGGCCUCCAUGAGAUAAAUCUUACUACUAGGGAUGACUAACAGUUAUUUAUUCUUUAGCUCAAGCAACAGAGGCUUGUGUUUCAUUCCCAAUUCUUCAAACCCUUAUGGAGGUAAGAUUACUCACGCAUUUAGUCCCAUUGAAUUCAUAUUCUAUGCAAACUUGAGAGGAAAUCAUAGUCAGAGGCACUAGAGCAUAAUUCUGGCCACUUUAAAAAUACACACACUAAAAGGUUUGUACAAAAAGAAUUCCUUAUGUAAUAUAUAGUAUAUAUUUACAUCAUUUGAGAUUUGCACAGUUUCUGUAGUUUAAAUUCAGCUUGAAUGUAUAGGGCAAACCUUGCUUCUGUUCCUCAAACCCUCAGUGGGUCUCACAAGCGUGCUUCCCACGAGAUUGGUUAGAUGAUUAAAAUAUAAUAGAAAACAGAAUCAGUCACGGGUCCUUUAACAAAUCAGGAACAAGAAAGAGUAUCUUGUCUGGCAGGAUGCAGGAAAAAAAACUGUUAUAGAGCCCUAAUAGGGUAUUCCAACCCCUAUUCUAAUUUCUACUGGGCUCAUCAAGGUGCAGAUCUGCCCUGAGAAACAGAAAGCCAUACCCAACUCCCAGACAGCCUCUCUCUUGGAGCAUACUCUGUCAAAGAAAGCUCAGCACAGGAGAGAAUCCGGGUCACACACUUUAUCUCAAGUCACAAAAAUAUUAAAAUUCCAGAAGGAAAACUAACCAAAGACAAUACUACAUCAAAAAACAAAAAUUAGAGACACACCCAUCUGGGAUGAGUUUGGAUAUCCUUGGCAGGAGAAAGAGGCAUGAGAUCUGCUGUCUAAUUUUUAUAGUCACCAUACAAUUCAAUUUACUAAAAAUGUUCAUUUUAAUAUAAACACAGUUAUAUUUUGUAAAUUGAAUACAGGGAGAACAGUUACAUGUAGAUUAACAAUUCAGAUACAAAGACUCUUCUUUGUUUACUAAAAUAGACAAAGAAAAACACUACUAAACCCAUUUAUAAUCUGUUUAUAAUCCUGCACGCAGCACCAUUUUUAAGAAUACAAAGUUGAUUAAAGAUAUUCAUAUUUUGCCAAUGACAUCUCUUAAACAAACAGAGGAUUCAAAAGUAUUUCCUUAAUAGCUUCUACAGAAACUUAAGUCAGUUCAAACAUCUGCCUGGGCUGAUGAGUGUAAGUGAGGAAGAAUUUGGCCAGAAGUGGUUUUUCAUGUGUUACCAGUUUCAAUAUUUAUUAUACUCUGAUAUGACAGAAUUUAGAAAUGGAAACUAUUUUCACAAUUUAAAACAAUAUUAUGUUUGGCUUCAAAGAACACAGUGAAAAUCUCUACUGUACCUAUCUAAAAAAAUAUAAAUUCCCAUUUCAAAAUAAGAACUGUCAUUUAAUUACUGAAAAAAAACAGAGAAUACAAAAUGUAUUCUACUGAACAGUUUAGCCUCUCACUACAAUACAAAAAGUUGCAAAGUAAUACAAGAUCUCCCUUCUGAGAGCACCAAAUAUCUGAAAAUUUUAAUAUUGUAUUGCAAAAUGCUCUGACAAAGUUUCACAUAACUGUUUUUGUAAAUUAGACCUAAGUCUCAACAUGUGCUUUAUAGUUUCAAAGUAUUUACAUUUCAAUACAGAUACAGAACAUCUUAUCAAAAGCAUGUUUCAUCUUCUAGACUAU